GCUUUAUUGAUAUGUUUUUGAUACGGCUAUAUAAUGCAACCAAAUAUUGCUGGGAAUUAAAAGAUAUAUAUAUUCAUACAAAAAAUAGUAGACAAACUGGCGAUAUAACAGUUUAUUUGCGCUGUUCUCAAAGGUGUGAUCGAAUAAAAAAAGAAUCUAAUAGCAAACAAAUUGUAAGAGUUAGUGAAAUUAAACCUGCAAUAGAAAGAUAUCUAUGCAACGGCAAUAUUAGAUUAAUCAUUUUAAAACAUGAAAAAAGAAUUCAACUUAUCAUUGAACAUUUAGUUCAGCAUCAAUAUCCUAUAUAUCAAAAUAUAGAAGUCCCUUUAGAAGCGAAAAAUUGGAUCAAAAAUAACAUUACAUAUAGUGUUAGUAAAAUAGACUUCUAUAGAAAAUUAAGUGAACUCAAACUUAUCAAUCCAACAAAACAUACUUAUCAUCAAAUAUAUUACUGG